GAGGAAUCGAACUUGAGAUACUUGUAAUAUUUCCAUACCCUUGAACCAUUAGACUAAAGAGACUUUUACUUAUAUGGGGCCGAUUAAGAACUAUAUAUUUUGGGGCCGCAAGCACAUGCUUCACCAGCUUCUGCCUAUGGCCGGCUCUGCUCACAAUGAAGCACAACAAAGUCUCCAAGAGACUAACUAUGACAUGGGUUCCUAUUCUUUGCAUUUCUUGCUUUUUCCUCGGAGCAAUCUUCACCUCCAAAUUGCGAUCAGCGUCUUCGGAUUCCGGUAGCCAGCUCAUUUUACAGCACCGGUGUGAUCAGGAAGUUAAGAUUGUUACCCAAGAUUAUGCUCAUGAGAAAAAAAAAUCAGAAGACAAAGAUGUAAUGGAAGAGGUUUUAAAAACCCAUAAAGCAAUCGAAUCAUUGGAUAAGUCAGUUUCUAUGCUUCAGAAGCAGCUCUCUACUACACAUAGCUCACAACAGAUUCUGGAUGCCACAUCAACCAAUUCUUCAACAGAAGGAAACCAAAGGAAGAAAGUUUUCAUGGUUAUUGGUAUCAAUACUGCAUUUAGUAGUAGAAAACGUCGUAAUUCGCUUAGAGAGACUUGGAUGCCUCAGGGGGAAAAGCUUGAGAAAUUAGAAAAAGAGAAAGGAAUUGUCAUCAAAUUUAUGAUUGGACACAGUUCAACGCCAAACAGUAUAUUGGAUAAGGAAAUUGAUUCAGAAGAUGCUCAAUACAAAGAUUUCUUUAGGCUGGAUCAUGUCGAAGGAUAUUACAAUCUAUCUGCAAAAACCAAAAGCUUCUUUUCUAGUGCAGUUGCAAAGUGGGAUGCUGAGUUUUAUGUCAAGAUUGAUGAUGAUGUUCACGUCAAUCUUGGUACCAAAAUAUGUUUCUAGCAUAAUGUAGUGGAGUAUGCAGAUCAGUCGAUAGAAUGUGGAUGGUUCAUGUGAUGUGUGGCGAAGGUGAUAAAGCUGUGUGGGACGCGAAUUUAAAACUCUCUUAGAUCGGAGAAAGAGACAAGAGGAGAUGAACAUUUUGUUUUGUAAAGAAUUAAAAGGUA